AUGGCUGAGGAACCCACGAUGCUGAUGUGCGCUGGCACUACGUGGUUUCUUUGCGGCCGGGAAGCUGUGGAGGACAGCGCUUGGAGCCCGUACCAAUCGGAUGGCGGUGUCCUGAUUGCGACGGUCGGCCAAGACACAAAGGGCUACAACUACCCUCCUUUGCCAAAUUGGAGGAAGAUUACAUUACCUUGCACCUAUGCCGGCGGUACUACAAGGGCUCACCAGUGGGCAACAGUGCUUGAGGCUGUGGCAUGGGCAGUGGAGAACCGCUUUCCGAUAGUCGUGCACUGCAACCAGGGUGUGCACAGAUCACCUUUGGUGAUGGCCCUGCUCCUUGGAAUCCAUGGCGGCGCUGAAUCCGUCGAUGAUGCCUUGAGGCAGCUGGCAGGCAUGCGGCAAAUCUGGCAAGGCUGGACAGCUACCAAUAUGUUGAUGAAAGAGAGAAGCCUGCACGAAGCUUACUCUUGGGCAAAAGUGAAGCUCCAAGAGCACAAGGUGGUUUUAGCCACUAGAAGGAGCUCUCCUUCUGUUCCGGCUGCCAGCCACGAUGCGACUGCCAGCCAGGGUGCGGCUGCCAGCCAGGGUGCACAGUGCCUCGUCAGCAAAGCAGCUGAAGCUUCAGAUUCAAAGGCUUUCGAGGAUAGCCAGACAGCGUCCACGAGCGCGCAAGUUCCUCGGUCCAGGUCACCAUUGGCAAAGCCAAUGGCUGCCAAGACCUUGGGAGGCCCCAGUGGCACAGGCAUCGUGGCACCACGCUACAAAGACCACCCCGCAGGGCCGGCUGUCGGCGAGGCUCUUCAACCUCCUCCACAAGGUGCGGCUGUCAACCAGCAAGCAAUGCCUGCCCCUUGGCCAAUCCCGCCAGGCAGGCGACGGAUGCUUGCGCCGCAUCUGUGGCAACAAGGCAACUGCUGCAGCAUUUGCCCGCGAACGAAAAACGGCAACUUGCCAGAGAUCACUGGUGAACAUCUCAGCAGUGUGAAACACUGCCGCAACAUGGAG